AUAAAACGCUUUUUUCCGGUAUAAUUCCGUGGGGCGGAGAAAAGAAAAGAAAAGAUGUUGAGCAGAAAACCCAGCAAGAUCCAAGUAAAGCUCGAAGACAAAGAGGAAAUCGAGGAAGCUCGUAAACGCGCCGCUGCUGCAGCUGCCACCACUACCACCGGAGCCUCCUCACUUCUCCACCACUUUGACCGAUCAUCCAAAGAUCCCUCAUCCAAAAACUCUCGCAUUGGCUUGUCCUCCUAGCCACAGAUUGCUAAUCUCCUCUUUUUCCUCAAACUUUUACUCCUCAGAUGAGUCGAAUAAUUGGUAAAUAUAUGGAGUGAGUCAAGCAGCUAUACACGGCUCUAGCUUCGUUAUGGGGACAAUUCUCUGGUUGAGUUUUAGCUUGCCUUAUCGAGAUUGUUUCACGAGAAAAGUUCAGUAUGGCAUCAUUUGCAGUGUAAACAUGGUUCGUGGUCACAGACAUUUCUCAUUCACUUGAGUUUGAUGCAGAAAAACUAUGUAACAUGAAAGCUUAUGCGACAAAUAAACAUCUGCUAGCAAGUGCACUUGAGCAAGUAUGUACGGGAGUUGUUUUAGAUGUGGUAUAAGCAAGUCCGAAAGGACUUUAUACUGAUACAUGGUUUUUGAUCAAUUGCUUUGUGUUUUUUUGUUUCUCAUCCCUGUUGGUGGUUUCAUAUUUCCAUUGUUUUGGUAUUUGCAGAACUUAACAAUUCCCUAUAAACUGAAAGAUAAAGACUGAAAUAUGUUGUAAUAUAAGAGAGUAUUUAGAAUUUAUAUUUCCAUACAAAUAUACAGUCUAGGGCUUGUACUACAAGACCAUCUGAAAAUUCUAUGACACCACUCAUUUUUGUACCAAUUCCUUGCGACACCAAAAUGGUGUCAUUUUCACACUAAAAUCAGUCAUUUUGUUUAAAAAUUACUAAAUCCAACAAGUUAACUCUAAUCCAUGUGAUCAUAUCUUAUAAGAAAACAAAACUUUUGGAUAUAAAAUGUUAUGCUUUUCUCUAUUAAAUAAUUUAUAUCAAUAUUAUUUAAUGUACAUGCAUACAGACCCGCAACAAUUGGCAACAGCUCACAAUUUUUUAUUUUUUUUUUCACAAUUUCACACAGGCACGGUGGAAAUUUUACACAGGCGCAUAAAAAUUAAAAAUGGUGCCGGUCACGUACGUGGCACACUGCUGUAACUACUAUGCAGUAUCAACCCGCCAUAAUCUGCCACGAGUGCUCCCAUUUCAAUUUUUUAGAAUUUUUCUUCCCGCGAAGUAUCCGCGGUUUUCAUAAAAAUAAGUGAUAGCCGGUUUCAAAUCCUAUAUAAGAUAAUUAAAUCCCCUUAAACUCUGUUUGCCGAUUUAAACACCCAAAUACGCCCUUACUCCAUACGAAUAAGCUCUCUUAUACUGUAACAGCAAAGAUCAAUGGCGGAUUCAUCGCGAAGAAGAAAUGGACCUGUUCAUCGAUCUCACUCUCCUUCUAGAGCCUUCUGCUCGUCUUCCCCGCCGCGCGUCAGUCUCUACGCCUCAUCGAAUACAUCGUCGCCGUCGAUCAGUUUCUCGAUCGACCGUCCGAAUUCUCCGAGCCGUUCGAUCAGUGUAACGAGUCGUAACCAGAUUCUGAAGAAACCGAGUUCUAAUCAAUUGAGGAACCAGAAGAGAACAUGUAUGUGUUCUCCGACGAAUCAUCCCGGCUCAUUCAGGUGCAGUUUACACCGAAAUAUGUCUAAUCAAACGGCGUCGUAUCCGUCGAAUAGAUUGAAUGCUCGGAGAUCGGCGAUGACGAACUCGCUGGUGCGAAUCGGUACUGUUGAAGGAGAUUUGAUGAAACGAGCUUUAUCGGCGUUGAUUCGACCUUCGUCUCAUCACCAGAAGCGACGAGGCUCGUUCGAGUCGAGGCCGAGUCGGCUCUCAAUUAUGUCGAAAGCAGAAGAUUAAACGAAUUGCAAUUUUUUUCAUUUUUUUGAAACAACUGUAAAUUUGUUUUAGUAUGUGAGAUUUGGGCCAUGUUGAUGACGCCAAAUAACGAUCAUUACUUAAUCGGAAUGGUAGAGUAACUUAUUUUAUUUUA